AUGGCUAAAUAUAUAGCUCAAAUUAUUUUCGCUGGCACUCAAGUCGUUGCGAGAGCUUUCGCUAGAGCUGUGAAACAAGAAAUUGAAGCUUCUCAGCAGGCAGCACAGAGGUUAGGAAAUACCAAAACUAGAAGUGAAAGAGUGGCAAACCAGAAACUAGGAUUGUCUCUUGAAGAAGCCAAACAAAUACUGAACGUUAGUCAACUGUCUAAAGAGGAAAUAGAAGAGAAAUAUCAAAGACUAUUUAAAGCAAAUGAGAAGACAUCAUUUUAUCUUCAGUCAAAAGUUGUCAGAGCAAAGGAGAGGUUAGACCAUGAGAUAGUGAAUACAACUAAAAUUCAAGAGGAUAAGUCACAUCCUGAAACAUCCAGAAGCAAAACAUAA